AUGAGUUAAAUACUAAAGAACUCUUAAUAAUAUAUAUAAUCAUAAAAUGUUUAAUUCUAAAAAAAUAUACCAUUAAACUAAUUUUUAAAAUAGUUUUCUAAUAAUUUUAAUUAAAAUAAUUAAAAAGGAUUUCUGUUGAGCUUAUUAGAAAAUUAUAAUAUUUUUAAAAAAAGGAAUAUAAAGAAAAAAAAAUCAAUUGAAAUAAGAUAACGUCGGCAAGGAAUAUCAAUACCAAAUUAUACCGAAACUUAAUAAUAAGAAAUAAUUUAAUAGAUAAAAAGCCAGUAAUAGAAUUAAUAAACAAAAGUAGAAAAAAAUAUAAUUAUAUUAAUGGAUUUAGUAAGUAAAUUAAGUUAAGAUAAAUUAAUUGAAAAAUCACAAAGACAUUUUAAAGAUGCUUUAUUAUAUAGAUCUGUAAGAAAUGAUUUAGAUAAUGCAAAUAAUUUCUAUUAAAAGUUUACUUUAUUCAUAUAUAAAAUUUAAAACUCAAGUAUUUGGAAUGACUUAUUAUUAUUUAUGAGUUGGGUUUAUAUAAUUUUAAGUUUUUUUUAACCUGUAAAUAGGAUUGAUAAAAGUUUAAAUAAAGAACUUUUUACAAUUUUAUAUUCGAUUGAAACUUUUAUUAUUAGCUUAUAGCUUAUUGAUUUUAGCAUGGAAAUAUUUUAGAGAUUAUCGCAAUUAAAUUAAAAUAAAAAUAUUAUUAAUUUAAUAUUUAGUAAAUAGAAAACUUUAUUUAGAAGUAUUUUUUUCUUUUUACUUUUUAGCGAUUAUCUUUAAUAUUCUUUUUCUUAUCCUAUAAAUACACUUAGAUUUGCUAGAAUUAUUCGACCUCUUUAAAUUAUUGUUUAUUCUAAACCUUUAAGAAGAAAUUUUUAAGGAAUUAUUAAAUCCGCUAAAAAUUUAUUAAUUAUUUUUAUUUUUUAUUUUAUAUUUAUUGCUUUUUGGGCUUAUGUUGGUUAUAAUACUAUUGGAGAAAUAGAUUAAUAUGUAGAUAAAUAUUCUAUUGAUUACCAAAAUAUAUGGAAAACAGUAAAUAUAUUAUAUGUAGUAAGUACAUUUGAUUAACUUCCUGAUAUUUUGAUUCCUUUAGUAAUAUAGUCAAAAUUUUAUUUGCUAUAUUAUAUACCUUAUAUACUAAUUUUCUUAUUACUUUUUCUUCCUAUUCCAACUGCUGUAGUUUAUGACGGGUUUAGAUAGCAUAGACUUAAUUUAUUUAUUUGUAUUUAAAAAAUUUAUAAAAAAAAAUAUAUAUUUUGUUUAAUAAUAGCUGAUAGAAUUAAAAGAAGGAUUGCCCUAUUAGCCUGUUUCUAAUGUUUAGUGAAUAAUAACAUGCAAGAACUAUAUAUUGAAUAAGAGCAAUUUAUAAAAUUUUUUACAAAAAUAUAUUAAGAAGUAGAAGAAUAUGAAGAAGCAAAAAUAAUAUCUAUUAAAUUAUGGAAUUAUAUAAAUUAAGAAAGAUAAAAUAAAAUAAAUAUUGACUAAUUUUUUAAUGUAAUAGACAUAAUUGAAUAACAGAAAGAAUUUAGCCUUUCAAAAAUUAAGCCAUUCAAAUAAUGGAUUAAGUUUAGAAAUUAUAUUCUAAAAAAGUUUAAUUUAUAAAUAUAUGUAGAAAACUUAUAUUUUGAAAUAUUUAUAUUUAUAAUAACGCUAAUAAGUUGUUCAUUAGCUAUUAUUUCUAUAUUUACAUAAAAAUAAUAAACAUUAAUUGUAUUUGAUAUAAUUGAUAAUAUUAUUUUAGUAAUUUUUAUUAUAGAAAUUAUUUUUAAAAUAAUUAUUUAUGGAAUUUAUAAAUAUAUGGAUAAUGGCUGGAAUCGUUUACACAUAAUACUAUCAAUAAUUUAAAUUAUAAAUGUCAUUACUAUAUAUGCAGCUUUAGAUUUUGAUUUUUUUAAAUAAUUUGCAGCUAUUACUUUAGUUAAAAUAACAAAAAUAUAAAGAGUAUUUCGUAUAUUAAAAACGUUUCGAACUAUUAAAAUUAUCUAAUUUUUAUUUGCAGGCCUCGAUAUAAUAGAAAAAGUUCAUUAAAUGUUUUAUAAAAUAGUUAUUUGUAUCCCAAUAGUUUUAAAACUUUCAGUUAUAAUAUUUAUUCUUUUCUAUAUUUAUGCAAGUUUAGGUGUUGAAAUAUUUACUACAUUACCGCCUGUAAAGUUUAGAUAAUUUGGAAAAUAUGGUUUUUCAAUGUGUAAUCCAUAUUAUGCUGAUUUUAAUAACUUUUUAGGUGCAAAUUUAAUUUUAUUAUAAAUAUGUAUUGCUGCUACAUGGAGUAAUGUUGUAUUUGAUUAUGCUUAUAAAUUUGAUAAUAUGAUUUAAAGUAUUAUUUUUUUUAACAGCUUUUAUUUUAUAGCAAUUUUCAUUCUUUCUCUAAUUGGAGGUAUCAUUUGGGAAGUUUUUAAUGUAGUAGAAAGAAUUAGUAAUUAUUUAUAAAUAAUAGAAGAAUAAUAAGAAAUAUUAGAAAAUUUAGAAAAGCAAUAAUUGCUUUUAGAAAACAUAAAUUUCGAAACUGAUUAUAAUAAAUAUAUAGAUGUUGUUUAUAAUAUUGCUUAAUUAGAAAAAAGAAAUUACAAUUUUUUAAAAUAAGAGACAAUAAUAAUAAAAGCUAAUGGAAAAAUCUAAAAUUUAGAUAGAAACGAUGAUGAAGAAGACGACAUUGAAGAUUUUGAAAAAAGUGAUUAAGAAGUUUUAAUAAGAAAAUCUUCAGAUAAAAUUAUAAUAAUAUAAGAUACUACAAAUAGUUAAAUUUUAAAUAGUAAUUAAAGUGAAACACCAAAAGUAAAAAUAUAAAUAAAAAUAAAAUUAAUAUCAAAUAUAUUAUUUAAAAAUAAGUAAAAUAAUUUAAAAAGUUUAUAAAGGAUAAAAGAAUAACAAAUAAAAAAAUUAAAUAAAAAAAAACUAUUUGAAUAUUUUUAAAAAAACUUAUAAAAGCUAGAAAAUAAAAAUAAAUAAAUGUUUCAAAAAAAAAUAAAUUUAGAUAAUACAAAUACAAUAUUAAAUUUAUCUAUAUUACAAUCUGCGGAUUUAUAGAAAAUAAAAAAUAUGGAAUAUAGAUACUUCAAAAAAGUAUAUGGAUAGAAAUUUAAUUAAAUGACUGAUGCUAAUUUAAAAAUAUUAUGGAAUUAAUAAUCUAAAAUAUUAUUUCAUUUUGAUAAUAUAUGCAAAUAUGAUUAUGUCCCCAUGACUUAGUUUAUUUAAGUUUUUUUAACUUUAGAAAUGUAAAUAUCGGCUUUAAUUAUGAAUAAGUUCACUAGUUUUAAAUUUAUUUUUUAUGAUGAUGUUCAAAAUAAAUGGUUUACAAUUAAUUUUUUGAAUGAUUAAUUUUGCUUAUAAAAUAUUUAUGAAGGUCCUUGGGAUUUCUAUGAAGAAUUAUUCCAAAAUAAAAAUGAAAUAAUAAAACACAAAAAUAUUUAUAAUUAUAAUUAAAAUAAUAAAUAUAUAAGUUAGUAUAUUAAUCUUUUUUUUAGAAAUAGCUAAAGACUUUCUAAUAAUUAUUUCUUUAAUUAAUUAACUCCGGGAAAAAACCCAUGUGAUAUAAUAUAUAUUCCAUUUUAAAACGAUAAUCCUUAAAAAGUUCAUGAGGAAAAUAUUCAAAUUCUAAAAAAUAUUACUAAAGUAGAUUAAUUUGAUUAUGAUUUAUAAAAUUUAAUUUGUUUGAAAAAAGGUCUUAUAAUUUUGCAUGUAUUUCCAACUGAAAAUCAUACUUAAUAAAUUAAUUAAUAGAAAGAAUUUCUAAAUUUUAAUAUGAAUUAAGCAUUUUUAGAAGAUAAGAUAUUUAAAUAAUAACAAGAUAAUGCAACUUUAGAUUAAUCAGGUACUUAUGAAUUUAUUAAAGAUUUAAAAAAUCAUAUAGAAAACUAUAAAAACUAAAUUUUUAAAAAAAUUAGUUAAUUCCAUUUAUAUUGUUAUUCUCUUUAAAAAUCUUAAUAUAUAAAAUCUAUGUAAAUUUGA